AUGGAGGAUAAGAAGAAUAAUUGUCAAAGUUUGAAACCAAUUGCUUUCUUAUCAGUUGUUUUUAGUACUUUUGCUAUAUGUUCUGUUUUGAUAACAUUUCCAUUAAUUAUCAGUUAUGUUCAAACACUGGAAUCAUCCGUUCAAAUUGAUCUGGAUUUUUGUCGCGCUCGAGCUCGAGAUAUGUGGAAGGAAAUUUUGGAUAUUAAGACUAAUGGGCGCCAUGAUUCCGAAAAAUUGGCACCUAUAGUGAUGGCACAUCGAGAAGUAAAACGUGACACAAUGGCAGAUUUCUGGGCGCGAAGAUUACAUGAUCAAGAGCUUCGUGAUGAACCAUAUCAAAAGCCGGAAUCAUUUACGGAAAGCUAUGCAAGUGGGGACUGUUGCACAUGCUCACGAGGACCACCUGGUCCGAUGGGACCACCAGGUCGUGAUGGCGCACCUGGAAUAGACGGUGAAAUUGGCCAACUUGGACCACCUGGACCACCUGCACCUUUUGACGCUGAACUUCAAAGCCAAUUUCCACCGCAAUGCCCGUGCGAUUCACCACCUGGUGAGCCUGGUCCUAAGGGACCACCUGGACCUGAUGGUCCACCAGGACCACCGGGUCAGGAUGGCGAAGAUGGUAGACCGGGAGAUCAAGGACCAAGAGGUCCACCAGGACAACCAGGUCAACCAGGACAGCCUGGAAGAAGUGGACCACCCGGGGAACCAGGAAUGUAUAGAACAGAAGUUGGACCGCCAGGACGACCAGGUGCUCCAGGACGUCCUGGACCACCGGGACCUAUGGGACCACCAGGUACAAACGGUGACGAUGGUCCACCUGGCGCAGCAGGUCCACCUGGUCCUCCUGGACAAUCGGGACAGCCAGGUCCAAGCGGACGACCGGGACCUGUUGGACCACCUGGAGAACCUGGUGCACCUGGAAGUUGUGACCAUUGUCCACCAGCUCGUCUUGCUCCUGGCUACUAA